GCCCUGAUAGGGAAGCAAGUUGCUGUGGCAAUGGUGCCCCAAUUCCCAUUAGCUUGCCCCCUGUGGCUAUUAUCCCUCCGAGCAGUGGCCAGUUGCCUCCAAUGCGACCGCCGCUUCUUGGACUCUGUGGCGACAGUGCUGAAGGAAACGCUGCCAGAAGACCUACCCGACCGCGACACCCUUAUGGAACGGCACAUCGAGGCCUUGGCUGAUCUGCACGGGACCUUCUUCCAAAAGAAACACGAGCGAGUGCUGGAUGUCCGAGGAGCCACGUCUCUCAAAUCGGACAUUAUCAGUCAGUUGCGAGGAAUCAAGAAAAACAGCACUUGGAAAGGCGUUUUCCUGUGGCAACUUUCCAUGUACCAGCUCAGGGUCUCGCUGCGAAGACGCAUGCAGCAGAUGCUGGAGAAAUUCGCCGACCUUGCUUGUUCAGAGGACUGUACGGUGACUGAGGGCCCCGUUCUGGAUUGCUGGACCUGCCUACGUAUCACUGUCCAGUGUUUUGAUGGAGAGCUCUGUGGAGUGGAAGACAGACGUCUUGCAGAAUACAACGAAAUUGUCCUUUACGUGUUCCUUGUUUGCGAGUCCGUGCUGUUGACGUCAGUUACACUUGUGUACUUGGUGUGUUUCAAGCACAGGAAGAAGAUGUGGCAAAAAGCAUUGGCCCAUUAGGCAGAGGCCGGAAGGCUCUUCAACGACACCCGCCUCCUCCAAUGUAUCCUUGAUUUUUAUCUGGUUAG